UUUUGACUAUGGAAAACAAAAAUAAAUUUCUUCAAGAACGUGUUGAUGAUUUGACUGCAAGGGAAGCUGAAUUUGGAAUGGAAGUUAUUCAAAUUCGGACAGAUUUCAACCGACUUCGGGCAGAUUUUAAUGAGUUAAUUGAGGAUGUUACUGAGGCGAAAAAUAAAAUUUACAAAUGGAAGAAAAUUUUGAUUAUUAUUAUGUUUAUAAAUUGUUUUAUUAUUUGUUUUUGGGUUUAUCGUAUGUUUUCGCAUUAA